GAGGUGCAGACUUCCUUGUUUGCUCUGCAUUCUGCCUGUUGUUACCUGUUGUCACUGUCUCUGUUGUUUCAGUGCGGUCAGGAGGAAGCGACUGAGAGAAGAAGAAACAAGAGAUAAAAGGUGGUGGUGAAGUCGGAUGGAAAGGAGGUUUUGACUAAAAGAGUGCGAAGAGAAGAAAACUGAUCGAUUAAAGCUUCAUCAGCUCCCAUCAUGUCUUCUUGCAAGCCGGAGGAGCAGUUGGCCUACGAGCUGAGCUGCCCCAUCUGCCUCCAGCUCUACUCAGAUCCGGUGGUUCUCCCCUGUGGCCACAACUACUGUCGAGUCUGUAUCAAGAUGACAGCGGACUCUGUCGUCGAAACACUUCCACGUUGCCCGGAGUGCCGUGUGGAAUUUCAGAGCGUGAAUACCCUGCAGAAGAACUUUAAACUCUGCAGCAUCAUCGAGGGUUACCAAGCCACUGCCUCCCUCCUGAGCAGGCGGACUGAGACCGAGUCCGAGGGUGCGGAGGUUUUCUGCGACCACUGCAUCGACGAGCAGUCGCUGGCGGUGAAGACCUGCCUGAAGUGCGAGGUGUCGCUGUGCUCCAGGCACCUCCAGAGGCACCAGGAGAAGGAGUCGUUCAGGGGUCACACUGUGGUGGAGCCCGCGGGGGAGCUGGGGAUGAGGGGCUGUGAAAUCCACCGGCGUCCCUUUGAGUACUUCUGCUCCAGCGACAUGGCCUUGCUGUGCGCCACGUGCUUCGUAGAGGGCUUUCAUCAGACGCACGACAUUCUUACCUUCAGUGUGGCCGAAGAGGAGAUGAGACGAGCGCUGGAGAGCCGCAGCAAGAUGGUUUCCAGUCGGCUGCAGGUGACUGAGAGUCUCCUACAGAAGACGGCCGAGGAGCAGGGAGCGUCUGAAGCUGUGGGAGACAAACUGGUGAACACGGCCGUCACAGUGAUGGAGAAUAUCGCUGCUCUAGUGGACAGGUACAGGGAGCGUCUACAUGUAAUGUUGGAAGAAGAAAGAGGCCAUCGCAGAAACAGCUGGCAGCAGGGACUGGGUGCACUCAAGAUGCAACAGCAGCAGCUGCAGGAAGCCCAGCAAAGCGCCCUAGAGGUCCUCAAUGAGACGGACACAUGCGUCUUUAUAAAAAGGUUCAUGCAGAUUGAACAUGAGCUGAGAGAAGUUGUCGCAAGUACCACUCCUUCAAAGAUCCCCUCAAAGGCUCCGCUCAUCACCAAACGUCUCCAGGUGGGCCUCAAAACCCAAGACUUCCGCUCAGAAAUGACCCACCUCGUAGACUCCCUCCACAUCCUCCUUAACCCCUUGGACCUCACUUUUAACCUCGUUACCGCCCACCCUAGCCUGAUAGUCUCCAAUGAUCUGCGCACAGUCAAGUACAGCUCCACCAAGCAGCCGUAUUGUGAGCACCCAGAGCGUUUUAUGACUGCACCCCAGGUCCUGUGCAGCCAGGGAUUCUCAAGUGGCGAGCAUGUGUGGGUGGUAGAAGUCGGUCCCAAUACCCAGUGGUCGCUGGGUGUGUGCUACAAGAGCAUCCUUCGCCGUGGUGAUCACAGUCGCCUAGGACACAACUCUGUGUCCUGGCGGCUGCAGCGGAAAAACGGAAAGCUGACGGUGUGCCAGUCCUCCUGUAAUGUGGCUCUUGGAGAAAUGACCAAUUAUCCACUGACGAUUGAGGUAGCUCUGGACUAUGAGGGAGGGACAGUAAUAUUUCACAGCACCAAAGGGCGCAGGGAGCACCUCCAUACCUUCAGGACUGUGUUCAGGGAGCCGGUUUACCCAGCGUUUAGUAUCCAUUCCAACACGCCAGAGUCCUGGAUCACUCUGCAGAGUGGGAUGUAAACUUUGUUUGUUAUCUAUAAAUUUCAUGCAAAAGGGAUCUUUGUGUGGGCUGUUAAAUCAAUUAAAUUGGUCUCCCACUUACGUUUUUUUUGUAUUAUUGUAUUUACAACAUUCAUUAUUGAAAUAUGUAUAUAAAAGUUCAGAUUUAUUUAAAAAUUCAAUAAAAAAAAGUGUAUUCAUGUGUAGCCUUGGUGGACAGAUUGACUUCCCUUCUCUUAGUUACGAGUUUGAAAAAUGAAUUUUAUUUUGCAGCUGUCAAUUCAUAGUUUUGCUACACUGAAUACAUUCUCAACUACAGGGAAUCAACACUUUACUAUUUUAUGCUUUUAUAUAAAAAGUGUUUUUCUGUCUAGUAUGACUGUAGUAGGACUGUUUACAUGACCUUGAAUUAUUUUGUUUUUCCUUCUCCUUUGUUUAAUCUGUCUAAUUUGGGUAGUUUGACGUAUAAUAAACAUUUUAAAAAAUAUAUAUAUUUCUCCUUUUGAUAUUCACUUUGUCUCUUUUUUCUAAAUGUUGUAUGAAUGUUUUGUGUUUCCCCAAAGUUUUCUCUAUAAAGUGAACACUGAUGUGUGGACACUGAUGUUUAUGCUAAAUAUCCAGACAUGCUUGUAAAGGAUG